GACCCGGAGAGGAUCUGAAAGUAAGUUGCGCCCCGCUCGUUCCGUCGCCGGGUCGAUGUCGGCAGGCUCCAACUAACUUGCUUUACAUUUUUGUUUCUCUCUCUCUUUCGCUGUUCGCGUGUCUACAGGUGGGUCAGCGUCCUCAGGGGUGCCCACAUUGCUGAAACCACAGUGGACCAUUAUUUAAAGAAUGUUGCCCAGUUCCUGGACUACAUGUCGGAAACCUCUCCGCUGACCUGCCGCCUGUCAAAGCAGGCCAUGCUCAGGAUCCGGCGGGAGGUACGGACCCUGCUGAAGUCCCUCAAGAGGAAGGUCACAAUGCACCAAAUUGGGGUGAAGCAGGCCAAGGAAGGCCGGCUCAUUCCCAAAGUGGUGCUCCGUCGCUGCCGGGAGGAGGCCAAGAAGGGAAUCCCGCGGCUCCUCGAUCAACUGGAGAAAGACAGCAACCAGAAAACGCAGUUCAUGCUUUACGGCUACCUGACGGCCUUCUUCGCCUCAAUCUACGGCCACCGUUGUGGGGUGUUUCAAAACCUAACUAUCCAGGAGGUGGAGCAGGCCACCAGGUCAUCCAGCACCAGCGCCUUCCUCAUCAACGUUGCGCUGCACAAGACAAACCAGGCGUUCGGCCCGGCCCAGCUGUCGCUGACGUGCGAGGAGUACGGGUGGUUCCGGCACCUUCUCCGGCUGCGGGACGGACUGGUGGGUGGGCCGAGCGCCCGGUACUUCUUCUAUACAUCGACACCCAAUCCCUGCAAAAACCUAAACAAUUAUUUUCAGGGGGCUUGGGUGUCGAUGGGACUGCCGGGGAAGCCGACCUUCACUGACAUACGGACUUCCAUUGCCACCCACGCAAAAAACAGCCAUGGCACAGACAGCCGGCAGAAAGUGGCACAGUUCAUGUGCCACGAUACUUCCACGGCCGACAAGUUCUACGCCGUGAACCUAAACGCGAGGCAGGCCGUGGAACACCGCCGUUUGUUUGAGGAGGCGUUGGAGGGUGUCGAGGCCUCGCCGACCAGGGCAGACGACACGUUGGCGGCACGAAAAAGGCCCAUUAAGCGCAAGGGCAAAAUGAGUGGUUUAGAGAGGUCUAAAAAGCAGAGGGCUGAAUCGCCCUGCUUCUCCCUGACUCCUGGCAGCACGAGCUCGGAGGAAGCCGAAACGGUGCCAUAUCAGGAGUCUGGGGUGUCGGCACUGGAGUCCGAAGAGAGCUUGGCAGAGUUCCCCAGCGCCCUAGCUCAGUCAUCCCCCGCGUCGUCUUGCCCUGGUCCGACGUCACCAGAGUCUGAGUCGCCGGCGGAGGCAGCAUCACCGGAGCCGGCUUCCUCAGAGUCAGCCAGCUCUGACGCGGAGCCGGCCACCCCUGAGCCAUCUUUCUCGGAGCCGACCGCCGCCCCUGAGCCAUCAUUGUCAGAGCCGACCGCCGUACCAGAGCCGUCAUUCUCAGAUUCGACCGCCGUCCCAGAGCCGUCUUCCUCCGAGCUGACCGCCACCCCAGUGCCAUCUUUCUCAGAGCCGACCGCCGCCCCUGAGCCAUCAUUCUCAGAGCCGACCGCCGUACCAGAGCGGUCAUUCUCAGAUUCGACCGCCGUCCCAGAGCCGUCUUCCUCCGAGCUGACCGCCACCCCAGAGCCAUCUUUCUCAGCGACGCCUGUCAGAAAACUGAACGCCUCCAAGCAGGCAAAACUGAGGUUGGGUGUCAGGACCUCUGCGUUGAAAAGGCGGAGAGCAGUGGUGUUCCUGUCACCGUUGAAGAUACCGCCCAGUUUGCGCAAGAGACUUCUGAACCCAAGGAAAUCCCCUCAUAGGGUUUCCAAAUCCUACAGACUCUCUGGACUGGCUAACGCCAACCUGACCAGAAAAGUGGUCAAGGCAACUCUGGAGGGGAGAAAGGGUAAAUAGGGGAAUAAAUGUAAAUUUGUAUAUGGUUCUAUGUUAAAAUGUUCCAUUCUUUCUGAUGGCGUUGUUGUUGUUGUUGCUUCCAUUUGUGUUGUAAUGUUGUGUUGUUCUAUAUAGUUUUUAAAAUAUUAAAGUUUUCUAAAUAUUAAAGUUUAUUUAGCAAAAGUUUAACUUGUCCUCU